UCAGUCUUCUGCAAUCUUCAUCAGGUAUUAGGAUAAUUUCAUUGGUGAACCUGACCAUGUGACAAUCGUUUAAAUCCAUGGAGCGAGACAAUUUGACAGUGGACAUUACAUACCCCAGGGCUUGUUUGAAGUCAGCCUGUGUGACACAUGUCUCUGAAUAAGGCGUGUUUGUGCCUGGAAGAAAGGACUCAAAAUGAGUCGGCGCAAAUCUCGGAUACCUUUCCUUGAUGGGGAAUCUCUCUCCUCUGUCAGCGAAGACAGUGGAGAUAUCACAACAGGACAAGGAAAGAAGAAGGGAGAGAAGAGUGAGCCCAAGUCCCAGAGUUCGUCUGACCUACAAGAUGAUGAACAGGUGUCGCCGGGGGUGUCGGCCCCGCCCAGGAAGAACAAACUCUGGUCCAGCUUCAGGGAAAAGGCAAAGAUGCGCAGGAAGCGCGGGAAGGGCUCCAAGAGCGAUGACGAAACCCUGAGCACAAGCCAGCCAAUCACACCCACAGAUGCCAACGGCCACACGCCAGAUUUUGACACGCUGUUUAAUGCUGCACAAAAGCGUAAUGAUCGGAGCUUGAGUGACCCUACGCUGACCCCGAGACUGCGUGACCGCAACCGGAGUGAGGAUGGAGAGGUUGAUAGCGGGAUUGCUGUGGGAGACAGCUCGAGCUCGCCAGCUGGCAGGAUACAGCAGCAGCAGUAUGCGUCAGAGGAAGGGGUAUCUCUGACCAACCUCUCCACAGCUCUGACCAACCUCUCCACAGCUAUAACCAACCCCUCCACAGCUCUGACCAACCUCUCCACAGCUAUAACCAACCCCUCCACAGCUCUGGCCAACCUCUCCACAGCUAUAACCAACCCCUCCACAGCUCUGGCCAACCUCUCCCAGCUCUGA